GGCCAGCGGUAAGUGCCUCUCUGGCGUGGCCAAGCGCUUCGGACGCUGCGGAGACUCGACCAUGGGAACCAACUGGGCGUCUCCAUUUUCGGUUUCCGCCUCGAAGCGCUAGUUCCGGGUGACGAGGGAGCCUUCAGUGCCUCCGCCUGGUUUUGUUCAUGUUCUGUGGAGGGUGUGACAGGAACCAUGGAUCCUGCAGCAUUGAUGGAAGCUGUAGUAGAAGAAGUGGCCUGUCCCAUCUGCAUGACCUUCCUGAAGGAGCCUGUGAGCAUCGACUGUGGCCACAGCUUCUGCCACAGCUGUCUCUCAGGACUCUGGGAGGUCCCAGGAGAAUCCCAGAACUGGGCUUACUCGUGUCCCCUCUGCCGGGCUCCCAUCGAGCCCAGGAACCUGCGGCCUAAUUGGCAGCUGGCCAAUGUUGUGGAAAAAGUCCGCCGGCUGGGGCUACAUCCUGGAAUGGGGCUGAGGGCUGACAUGUGCGAACCCCACAGAGAACAGCUGAAGAUGUUCUGCAAAGAGGACAGCCUGAUCGUGUGUGAGGCCUGCGGCCGGUCCCCUGAGCAUCAGGCCCACAGUGUCGUGCCCAUGGAGGAUGUCGCCUGGGAUUAUAAGUGGAAACUCCAUGAGGCUCUGGAACAUCUGAGGAAAGAGCAGGAAGAGGCCUGGAAGCUGGAAGUUGGUGAGAGGAAACGAACUGCCAACUGGAAGAUACAGGUGGAAACCCGAAAGCAGAGCAUCAUAUGGGAGUUUGAGAAAUAUCGGCGAUUACUAAAGAAAAAACAGCCACCAGGUCGGCUGCUGGAGGUGGAGGGCGCUGCAGCUCUGGCCAGCCUGCAGCAGGAGGAAAGGGAGACCAUGCAGAAACUAGAGUUGAAUCAUGAGGCACUCAUCCAGCAGAGCCGGGUCCUAUGGAGGAUGAUCGCAGAGCUGGAAGAGAGGUCUCAGAGGCCUGUCCGCUGGAUGCUGCAGGGUAUUCAGGAAGUCUUGAACAGGAGCAACUCCUGGAGUCUGCAGAGACCGGAACCAGUCUCCCUGGAGCUGAAGACAGACUGCCGUGUGCUGGGGCUCAGAGAGAUCCUGAAGACAUAUGCAGCGGAUGUGCGGCUGGAUCCAGACACUGCCUACUCUCGCCUCAUCGUGUCUGAGGACAGGAAAUGUGUGCGCUAUGGAGACACCAAGCAGAAGCUGCCCGACAACCCUGAAAGAUUUUACCGCUACAACAUUGUCCUGGGCAGUCAGUGCAUCUCCUCGGGCCGGCACUACUGGGAGGUGGAGGUGGGAGACAGGUCCGAAUGGGGCCUGGGCGUAUGCAAGGAGAACGUAGACCGAAAGGAAGUGGUCUUCUUAUCCCCCCACUAUGGAUUCUGGGUGAUCAGGCUGAGGAAGGGCAAUGAGUACCGGGCAGGCACUGAUGAGUACCCCCUCCUAUCCUUGCCCGUCCCUCCCCGCCGGGUGGGAGUCUUCCUGGAUUAUGAGGCUCAUGACAUCUCCUUCUACAACGUGACUGACAAUGGCUCCCACAUUUUCACUUUCCCCCACUACCCCUUUCCUGGGCGCCUCCUGCCCUAUUUCAGCCCUUGCUACAGCAUCGGAGCCAACAACACCGCUCCCCUGGCCAUCUGCUCCCUGGAUGGGGAAGACUAAGCCACCGUUUUAGCGAGAGGCCUUGGAAUUUCACCUGGCCCACAGGGGUCUGAAGGGAAGACCCAGCCCCUGGUGAGGUGAUCCUGCCCAGAGAACUGAGCUGAGCCUGGAACCCAGGGAUUCCACUGCCUGACCCAGUGGUCUCUCUCUCCUGGGCCAACAUCUCCCACUAAAUUACUCGUUAAAAAGCCGAGGCUUGGCCAGAGGAGCAUUGCAGCCCUGUGGGAAGUAUAACAAGCCUUUUGGUGAGGAUCACAGUGGUCCUAAGGAUAAAGACAGUCCUUUCUGCAGGUCACAUCCCUCGUCCACAUCUGUGUCAGGACCAUAAUUCAAGGAGGAUAAUGAAGUAGAUUUCACCUUCAGGAAACCCACUGGGUCAGGUUUACCAAUAACCAGAAGAAUCCUGUCCAUCUCCAGAGCUGGUUACUGUGCCAACACCAGCAGGAGGAUGCUUCACCUGAGGUUUGCCACCUCUGAGCACCCAUGUUUGACCCCAGCACUCUGACCUCCCAGCUAGAGAAAUGUGUCACUGACUGCCCAGAUCCCCCACAGUGGCUGUCCCCUCUCUGAGCACAAGCUGGGUGAGUCACUAUCUCAGACUCUAAGUAAACCUGUGUCCCAGUCCUGCCCUUUUCUCUAAAUAUCAGGAUCAGAAACCUAUGAACCUUUGUUUCUAUUUUCACUUCAUGGAUGAAGAAACUGAAAUGGCCUUAAUACAGCCAGUUAUUUCUCACAGAGGUGUGGAGAGAAGAAUACAUAGAUAAUAUAAGUAUUUCUCACACUCAAAUGAAACAAAGUUGAUGAGCUCACUUCUCAGGUCACACGGCUGCAUAUCAUUCAUUACAUUCAGGUCUGAACACCCCAAUCUUUGAAAGAUUUUAAAUGUCCUCAAUGGGAAAAUGGGUGUAGUAACUGCAUCCUCUCCUACCUCACAGAGUCGUUGUGAAUAUCUCAGAUCCAUCCUGAACGUUUGUUCCUUUCUCAGGGACAAGGAAGGCAAGCCAUGGCUUUUGCCUGUGGUGACCUUCCCAUCUUGCCUUUUCCCAGCAUCUUUGCAGCACUGCCUUAGUUUCCUAGCGCCUCUUCUGACAGUUCUGCCCUUCAAUAGAGAGAUGCCCUGCCUGGGAAACUUCAGGCCACUGUAAUAUAUUCAACAUCGGUAUGUGUUUGUCUUUGGGUUAGAACAGGGACUGUGACAUCAGGGUAGAGACUAGAAAUAAUACAAAGAAAAAUGUAAAACAAAUGCAUUGAAAGGAAGGCUCACCCAUAAUCUCCUUGGGCAAAAAUUUGGAUCUUUGUAUGUCACCAAGGGAAUGUUCAUAGUUCUAGUAACUACAUAAUAUUCUGCCUUUAUCUUCUCUAAAUCUGUGACAAAUGAAAGCAGGAGGAAAGCGUGGGAAUAAAGAAUAGGACUAGGCACAAAGAGCUAUAUAUAAUAAUGAAGGUGAAUUAAGACUAUAUCUGGGCUAUUGUGUGUGGUGAAAUUAAUUCAUUACAGGUCUUCAGGGUAUGAAGUGGGAACAGUUGUGCUGGAAUCAAACUGUGAGGCAAGCAUAUGAAAACUGGGCUUUGCCUAUUUCAGGGGCUACAAGAUACACAUAUUGUCACAUUGAUGCUGUGUAACACAACCUCUGAUAUAGUUUAAGCUUGAAGGUGGUGACUGUUGACUUAGGAUUGGGCAGCAAAGUAGACACGGGUUAGAUACAUGCAGAAGCAACAUAAUUCCUGUAAUAAAGAACAGUAUAAAUUGUC